GUUACGUUGGUGUACAUGUAAGCGGUUAGUGAUAAAAACGUCUUAUCAUUUUUGAACAAUUACUCAGCAUCUAGGCCCAUUAUUAACAUAAUAGAAUUAUGUUUAUACUAUCGGUACAAUAACUAUUUGAUAAUACAAAUUGAAGGUUAUGUUAUAUAGUCUAAUAUUUUGAAAAAUCAUCCCAACAAUUUUACGUUUUGAUUUCAUGAAAUGAUAAAUUGUUUGUAGAAAAGGAAAACUCAAGUUCAUAUUAUUGUAAGAAUUCAGUAUUUUAACUGGCUUAAUUAUAACUGAGACUGCUAUAAAAAUAAUUUAGUCAUGUCUCGCGGAACUAGUGCUGGUUUUGACAGACAUAUUACUAUAUUUUCUCCUGAAGGAAGACUUUAUCAAGUUGGUAAGACAAAAGUUAUAAACAUAAAAUAAUAGAAUUUAAAAACUUUAUUAUAUUAAUUAUACAAUGAUAUAUUUCUAGAAUAUGCAAUCAAAGCCAUAUUACAAGGUGGACUUACUUCUGUAGCGAUUAAAGGAAUUGAUGUUGCUGUAGUAGCUACUCAGCGUAAAGUGCCAGUAAGUUGUUUAUAUAUUUUUAUUUCAAAGUUUUUGUCAAUAACAAUUUCAUUAAAAAAACUAAAAGGCUAUACAGCUAAGCCUUUGAAUAACAGACACUCUCGGUCACUGAAAUUUCAUCAGUUAAAUCAGUUCAUCAAUCAAUUUCAUCCACCAUUUGAGGGGGUUAAUUUUUAAAAUUCAUAAAAGGUAAAUAUGUUAAAGGAGACAUAUAUAUUUGCUAGGUUAAAUUCAGUUGUAUAUCAUGUUAUGUAUGUAUUUAAUAUUUUAAUAUGUAUGUACAUAUAUAUUAUAAUAAUAAUUAUAAAAAAUAAAUAUAUACAAUGCUUACAUAUUAUACAGAAAUACUAUUACAUUUUGUAUGAAUAACUCAGUCAGCUUAGUCUGUUUAUAACUCUGGUUUUUACACAAUCUUGUUAAGUUUGCCAACAUCUGUUAUCAGUAAUCUUCUGGUUUCGUCCCAUAACGAGUUUAACCCGUCAUCAGUAUCGUCAUGUUUUAUAACAAGAUUGGUAUCCUAGUUAGCUAUACGCUACCAUAGCCGUUUUUUGUUCCUUUUAAUUAUUUAAUGUACUUAAAAUAGUUAUAUCCUAUAAAACUUUGAUUAUCAAUAGCAAUUGACAUUUAAAUUGUCUAUAUUAAAAAUAAUGUUAAAACAACCAUACAAAUUAUAAAAAAAGAUCAUUAUAAAUUAUUCAUCAUUCAAAUUGUCUGUGUUUACAUACACAAUACAUGAACUUGGAACAUACCUUUUAAACUUCUAGGUACAAUAAAAAAUUUCCAUAUUGCCAAGUAACAAAAAUAUUUUAUCAAAUAGGUUUUCUCUAGAGUUUUCCUAUUGAAAAGUUGUGAAAAUGUUCCUUGAAAAAAAAAUGCUAUUUGGAGGUGUACAUUAGACUAUAUUUCAUUGUAUAUCACAUAGAUCCAUUUAAUUUACUUGUUGUCCAUAUAAUUAUAAGGAGAUUGAAACUCAAAAGUUAAAAAUAAUACUAUAUUAUAAAAGCUUAUGAAAUACCUAGGUAAUACACCUAAUACAAAUGUACCUUACAUUGUUAUGUGAUUUUGGUGAAUUGGAUUUAGUCCAAUGUUCAUUAAUAAUAUAUUAGCUGUAAACUUUUAUGUAAUUUUUCAAUUUAUAAUAUUUAUUUUAACUUGAAAGGGUCCAAAUUUAAUAAAACAGAAAUAAAGAAAUUUCAAAAUUAAACAAUUUUCAGCAUUUAUAUCACAUAACAAAAUAUUACAUUGUUCAAAUAACAUGCUGUAAAUUAUAAAAGAAAUUGUAUUUAUUUGUGUUUGUAUAGUGCGUCAUUUUUCAAAUUUCCUAUUAAUUAUUUUUUUUAUUUACAUUAUUAUUGUCUAAUAUACCAAUUUAAUUUAUUUUUUAGGACAAAUUAAUUGAUCCUAAAACAGUAACUCAUUUGUUCCGAAUUACAAAAAGCAUUGGCUGUGUUAUGACUGGAAUGGCAGGUAAAUGAGAAUAUGUGUCUGUAUGCAUAUUAUAUACUUAUUUUACUAGGCUUUUAAUCAUACAAAAUUAAUAUUUGUUAUUGUGAAAAAUGAUAAUUGAUACACAAUGUCCUUUCCUUGUCAACGAUAUUAUUUAUCAAAAUUAUAUAAUUAUGUUGAUAAAUGUUAUAAUAUAUGAUUAUAAAAUAUGUUUAUCCCACACACAACCCACUACAAUAAACCUGUAGGUAUUAACUAAGAAAUAGUUUCAUAUUAUUACGCUUAUCUAUCUAUACUUUUAAGAAGAUACCACACCUACAUAUACUGUUUCAGUUCAAUUAUCGAGCAACAUGCUACAGCAAUGCAUACAUAGUAUUGUUUUUGCAUGUUGCUUGGUAGUUAAACAAGACAGUAGACAGUACAGUGUCCUCUUAACUAAUGAUGCUUUGUCACAUAAAAUAUUUACAGGUUGUCCUUAAAUGUUGCUCGUACUUGAGCAUAUUGUCAUAUUAAUAAUUUAUUGAACAUUAUUCUCCAACUUAACCAGUAACAAGAAAUAUCUACAAUUACAACAUUUACCAUUUUCAGGAAAAUUAAAUCAUUUACCACUUUUUAUGUUUUUUACUGUAACAUAUUCUAUUGUAUUAGUACAUACAAUAUUUAUCAGCUUUGAAUAUUGAUUGGAGUAAAAAAAGUAGUAGGUUUUACAAUGAUAUUUGUUUCUAUUUGUGUUAUUAAAUAUAAUUUUUAUUGUUGUAGCCGAUGGUCAUUCUCAAGUAUACAGAGCCAGAGCUGAAGCAUGCGAGUAUAAAUAUAAAAAUGGCUUUGAAAUGCCUGUGGAAACUUUAUGUUGUCGUAUGGCUGAUAUCUCUCAAGUAUACACACAAAACGCUGAAAUGAGACCUCUUGGAUGCAGUAAGAAAAUAUUUUUGUAAUCUAUAUUAAAUCAAAUGUGUAUAUAUAUGUAGGGUGGUCUUUAACUUGUAAUUGUUGAAAAUAAAUGUCAAAUAUUUGAAUUCACAUGCUCAAAAUUCUGUUAGGUAUAUUGUAAAAAUAAUUUUUGUAAAUUUUAGAUAUGAUAAGUCAACCUCAACACGUGCAAUAAAGGGGUUGAAGUUAGUAAAAAAUGGGCAGUUUUUAUAUUAAUUUUUUUGAACUUGAGCAUAUAAAACAUUGAUCAAAAACUUAUUAAAAAAGAUGACUAUUCAUUGUAUAUGAUCUAAGAAAAUAACAUUUUUUUCUUGCUAGGCAUGAUAUUAAUUGGAAUUGAUGAUAAGAAGGGUCCUAUGGUAUACAAGACAGAUCCAGCAGGAUAUUACUGUUCAUUCCAUGCCGUUUCAGUUGGAAGUAAACAAACUGAAGCUAAUACAUAUUUGGAAAAAAAAUUGAAGAAAAAGAAAGAAUUCACUAAGGAUGAAGCAAUUGAAGUAAAUUGUAUUAUCUUCUAUAUAAUUUAAAUUUUACUAUAACUUAGUCAAUCAUUUUUAGUUGGCCAUAUCAUGCUUAUCACACGUACUAGCUGUUGAUUUUAAACCAAGCGAUAUUGAAGUUGGUAUUGUGUCUUUAGAAAAAAAACAAUUUGAGUAAGUUUAAUGCACAUUUUUAUGCUAAAAAUAAAUAAAAUAAUAAAUAUUUUUUAAAAUAUUGUAUAUUAAUAUUUAUUAUUUAUCUUGUAUAUACAAUAUAACUAAUAACAAUUUAGUCAUUCAUUUUAAAUUAGUUAAUUUAUCUCGGUAAUAAUAUCAUCAGAAAAAUUGAAUUUAUCAUUGUGAUAUUUUUUAUCCUUAUUUACUAUAAUCUAAUUAACUAAUUAUUUCAUUUAUAUUUUUUAAAUCAGAGUCUUAACUGAGCCAGAAAUUGAUCGUCACUUAACUCAAAUUGCACAGAGAGAUUAAGCAACUAUAUUUGAAAAGCUGGAGAUUUAUAUUUCAUAAUACUGUAUUCAUCAUGUAUUUCAACUUAAAAUAUCAACAAUAAUAAUAUACAUAAUUUAUUUUAUAUGGGAAAUAGGUUUCCUUUUCAAUUGAAUAAAAUUUGUCUUUUAAUAAAAAUAUUUGUAU